GCGCUGCUCCGCUGUGCGUGCGUGCGUGCGUGCGUGCGUGUGUGGAGGAGAAUAACGGGACAGAGAGGCCGCUCUGUUAUGGAGGACGAGACGGUGGCAAACACCGCGGAUCGGCUCUCCUGCUUCCCCGCAGACCGAAUCCGCAGCGAACCGUGAAAGGCGCCCUGUCCAUCCCGGGUCUGGAUCGGGACCGGUUCGGUAUCGCCCUUCUUCCUGCGUCUGUGGACUCGAUGGGCGCGCCUCCUGCUCACCUAUAGGACGCAGGGCUGCCCGAUUUUCCCUCAUCAACACCGACAGAACGGAACAGAACGGGACCGAGAGGCGGCUGAACGCGCCAUGGACUGAACCCCGACGUCUUCAUCUGAGAGGUUCCUGAUGUUGAACAUGUCCUCCUCCUCUGAGCUGAAGUCUCCCUGCAUGACUCGCAACGGAAUUGUGAAGUUGGCCCCUAACCAGCCCAACGGCCUGGGCAGCGCGAGCAUCACCAAGGGGACUCCGGCUGCCAAGAACCGCCUUUGCCAGUCAUCUUCAGUUCCCUCCAUCCUCCCCCCUUCUUCAUCUUCUCUCUCUUACCACCACCACCACCACCACCAUCACCUCCUCCUGGAUGCCACUGGCAUGCCCCACACUACUUCUCCACUAUUGACCUCUGACCUGGAGCCUGGGAAGCCUCUGAUUGGCCUGAAGCCAUCACUCCGCCAUCUCCCUCCUCUCACCCUUCCCAAGCCUGUAUUGUUUGAGCGACAGCUUGUCCUGGAUGAGAAGCUUCUCAGCCGGCUCUUCUGCUAUUUCACCACAGCUGAAAAAUGUAUGCUGGCACAGGUGUGCAAGACAUGGUGCAAAGUUCUGUACCAACCCAAGUUCUGGGAAGGAGUGACACCCAUCUUGCAUGCCAAGGAGCUGUACAAUAUUCUGCCCAAUGGGGAGAAAGAGUUUGUAAGCCUGCAGGCCUUUGCACUGCGCGGCUUCCAGGCAUUCUGCCUGGUGGGAGUGUCAGACCUCGACAUUUGUGAAUUCAUAGACAACUACCCUCUGUCCAAAAAGGGUGUUCGCUCAGUCAGCCUUAAACGCUCGACCAUCACAGAUGCUGGUUUGGAGGUCAUGUUGGAGCAGAUGCAAGGCCUGAUGCAUCUGGAGCUCUCUGGCUGCAAUGACUUCACAGAGGCCGGCCUAUGGUCCAGCCUC